AUGAGUGGAAAAACAGAUCUCAAAGACCUCCCAGAAGUCUACUGCAAAGCCUGGGCUUCAAGGGACCCGACAGAGCUCCUUGCACUCUUCUCCAAGGACUCUUUCAUGACAGACCACGGCGCGCAGAUCCACGUUCCCUUUCCAUACCUUGAACGCCACCACAAGCACUGGAAUGGGGCCCACGACAACUUUGAGGUCUGGCUGGACAAGCAGUAUCCCGUCUACUGGGCCGAGCUCGAUGACCAAGGGAAUGGGUACUGCAGCUUCAGGACGGUCAACAAGGGCGUGUUUGUCAACGACCUGGGACGGCGCAAGGCUACCGGAUUGCCAUUCCAGUACUCAGGCGUCAUCGACUUGAAGUUGAGGGAAGGCAAGAUCGUGCAGGCUGACGAGUGGUUGAGGGUGCCUUUCGAGGACAGCGUGUCGCCGGACAAGUAUAUUACUAUCUCGGAGGAGAGUCUGAAGGGCGUUAUGAGGAAAGAUCUCCACAAGUCGGAAUGA